GCGAGCAGGGCGAGCAGUGGCAGCCGGCCCUAUCGCUUCUCAGCGGGAUGUGGGUGGUGAAGCUGGAGCCCGACAUCAUGAGCUACAGCACGUGGCAGCCGGCCCUAUCGUUGCUCAGCGAGAUGUCGGUGGCGAAGCUGGCACCUGCCAUCCUGAGCCAUAGAACCCCGACCAGCGUGUGCGAGAAGCGCUGGCAGUGGCAGCCAGCCCGAUCGCUGCUCAUCGAGAUGUGGAUGGUGAGUCUGGAGCCCGCCAUCGAGAGUUUCCGGAUCCCGAUCCGCGCGUGCGAGCAGGGCGAGCAGUGGCAGCCAGCCCUCUCGCUCCUCCGCGAGAGGUCGGUGGUGAAGCUGGAGCCCGACAUCCUGAGCUAAAUCACGUGGCAGCCGGCCAUCUCGGUGCUCAUCGAGAUGUCGGUGGCGAAGCUGACGCCUUCCAUCAUGAGCCACAGAACCACGAUCAGCGCGUGCGAGAAGCGCUGGCGGUUGCAGCCGGCCCCACGGCUGCUCAGCGAGAUGUGGGUGGUGACGCUGGAGCCCAACAUCAUGAUCUCCAGUACCCUGACCAGUGCGCGCGAGCAUGGCGAGCAGUGGCAGCCAGCCCUACCGCUGCUCAGCGAGAUGUUGGCGGUGAAGCUGAAACCCGCCAUCAUGAGCUACAGCACGUGGCAGCCUGCCUUCUUGCUGCUCAGCGAGAUGAUGACGAGAGGAAUCGGAGGAUUGGCGAGACGAUCGUUGCUCAAGAAGGCAUCGAAGCUGCCAGGGCCGCCAUGGUUGCCGCAUAUGCGGCCAUCGGCAUCCAUAUGAAGUAGAAGAUCGUGCCUCGCUCUGAUGGUGAUCGUCGGAAUCUUCUUCAGACAGCCCGGAUGGCCCCGAGUGAGGCGACUGAGGAUUGAGUAUGGCAAGCUUCCUGCCACGUCGCAACUUGUCAACUUCAGGACGAUGUUUGUGAAGUGGGAUCAUGAAUUCACGUUUGUGCUCAGACACUUUGAUCACGAGAGCAGGAGAGUUUCGGUCUGUGUCCCAGCCUUCUCCCGAGCUCUCUUCCGUGUCACGAGAGCAGGCGGACUUCGGUAUGUGACCCAGCCCUCUUUCUCCCUCUCGCAUGUCCUAACUAAUUGUGUCCCUCCCUCCGCCUCUCCUCCACAAUGCCCGUGUAGGGCGCGGCACGCGAGCAGUAUAUGUCUCGAUCCGUCUGUCGUACCCUACUGUGGGGGAUGGGGGUUUC